CAUUGUUAGCCUCUCCCAUGAAGCACAUUCUCCAGCUCGCGUCUCUACGGGCAGCUAUGAAAAGCCCUCCAAAAACCAGCCCGAAUCCAUGCGAACGUCUCAGCAGAGACAUCUCGGCGGUUCCAAGGUUCCCCGCGGUUCCAAACUUCCCCAAUAUUCCCGAAGUGGCAAGGCUCACUUACUUACCCCGGACCCCAGAUUCGGCCCCUUGGAUGGCUGUUCACCAACUGCUCUGGUUCUCCUUCCCCCAGCCCGAUUCAUCAUCCAGUCCUUAUUUCCGGUGUACGACAACCGCGGCUGCAAUAGAAGGCGGACUACGACAUGUGAGCGGACAGAUGCCGGAUACACAGCCCCGUACAGUCAGCCUACUACUGACAUCGACGGAUCGACAGACAGAGGACGCCUGAACCAGCACACUGUGCAGACGCGUACACCACCACACAACGACAAGCCCUGCAGCUGGGGUGCUUUCCCAGCUUCCUCAACGGACAAUACGUGCAUAGGAAAUGGCCAGCGCAUUUGCGAUUUGCGACAGCGGGGUCGCCCAUAAUCCUGUAUGCACACCUCAGUUCUUGGGACCACAAGCCUCGGCAUUUUGAUGGAGCAUUGAUAUUCACCGGUUCACCAUACCGUGCUUGGUACGUACCUGUUAGUGCCCGGUUCCUGGAAACGGAGUGGCUAGCAAAGAGCGGAGUAGCGCGUCAUCCUUGGACCGAUUAGGAAUCGAAUACGGGAGUCUGUGCAGGUUC